CAGUGCCUGGGUUUGCGAAAGCGCCAUUGGUCCAUCUCGCGUGGGGAUCCAGUCCGGCCAUUUCUUCCCUCCAAAACUCAUCCUUGCUGCAGGGAGGAGCAUUGAGCAUCCGUCUCACUGUAUUCAAGAAAACGGAUAUAUACAGUACUUUUUAUUUUUAUUUUUUACUUUUCAUUGUUUAUGUUCAAAACCUUUUAUAUCAUCUAUUAUAUGCACAAGGGGUUUCAACGAGGAACCUUCUAGCUGUCAUCUGUCUCAAGAAGGGCGCGGGUUUUUCAGUUGUGUAGGGAAGUCGUCUCAUUUUUAUUUCCUGCGCCAAAAAAAUGCAAUGACAUGGUCAGUACAAUAAAACCUCGAUGAGAGGAGCGUGAGCCGGUGGGAAGUGUGCUGCAUAACUGCCUGAGAUAAUGCUGUUGACACGCGCAGCCUGGAGCUGCUGCUGAGGGAGGAACAGACAGUACUGUACAGUCAGGGAGCUACUCGCAGAGAGGGACCAUGUCCCACCACCACCACAGGAACCCCAGCCAGGGCAGCCACCGCACAAUGAGCGCCGAGGAGAGGAGCUCCACUCCCAUCCGCCACCACAAGACACCUACACACAAGAGCGCCUCGUCAUCCUCCUCAUCCCAGCGCGACGGCCGGCAGGAGGCAGACAGCUGGGAAAUCAUUGAGGGGCUGAAAAUCGGUCAGAGCAACGUCCAGAGGCCAGAUAAACACGAGGGCUUCAUGCUGAAGAAGCGAAAAUGGCCACUGAAAGGCUGGCACAAGCGUUUUUUUGUCCUGGACAAUGGGAUGCUGAAGUACUCCAAGUCACCAAUUGAUAUUCAGAAAGGCAAGCUGCAUGGCUGCAUUGAUGUGGGUCUCUCUGUCAUGUCCAUCAAGAAGAGAGCCCGCCGCAUUGACUUGGACACAGAGGAGCAUCUCUACCACCUCAAGAUCAAGUCUCCAGACAUCUUUGACUCCUGGGUGGUCAAGCUGCGCCACCACCGUCUCUACCGGCAGAAUGAGAUUGUCCGCUCCCCCCGAGACGCCACCAUAAGGACGUUUCCUCCCCCUGCCAGCACCGAGUCCCCCAUCCCUCACCCCCACCCAGCCCCCUCCCCCGCUGCAGGACAACAUGAAGUAAAGACCAAGCCCACCAGCCUUCCACCAUGGCAGUCCCCCCCGGCCCCCAGGAGCAGAACCAGUCCCCCAACAUGGCAUCCCCCUGCCCCCAGUAGCAGCACCAUCCUCCCACCAUGGCAGUCCCCCGCAGCCCCCAGUAGCAGCACCAGUCUUCCACCAUGGCAGUCCCCCGCAGCCCCCAGUACCAAGAGCAGCUUGCCUGCCUCCUACAGUAACGGGCAGAGCAAGGUGGCCGCAUGGCUCCAGGAGUCAGAGGAGAUGGACAAGUGUACAGAGGAGCUCGCCCGCUGCCAGUCCAGCCUGAUUGAGCUGAGCAAGUUACUGCAGAGCCUGGAGGGCCUACAGAGGACCCAGUCAGCGCCCAAUUUCACUGACAUGCAGGUCCCCUCUCUCCCUGUGAGUGCCAGUAUGUCGCCCACGCGCCUCCACUCCUCCAACCCCAACCUGUGCGCUGAGCAGGUGGACUUCCAGACCCCUGUCUCUCGCCAGAUUCCUGACAACAUGGAGUGUGGCGGUGACUACAUCAAACUACAGGAGGACUUCUGCCUCAUCGCUCAGAAAGUCCACUCCAUGUUGAAGUCUGCGUUUAACACAGUGGCCAUGGAGAAGGAGAAGAUCAAAUCUGUUCUCUCAGACCAGGAGCAGUCAGAGCGGCCUGCCCAGGUCAUCACCCUCAGGAAGUCUCUGUCACAGGCCCUGUCCCAAAACGCUGAGCUUAAAACCCGACUGGGCCGCAUCCACUCUGAGUCGGUCCUGUCUGAACAAACAAUCAGUGUGAACCUUAUCACCAGUCCUGAUGAGGGGGGUGAGCAGAGGGGAAUCCCUCUGACUCAACAGACGUCCAAUGAGAGCAGGCUGUCGAUGUCAGAGUCUGUGUCAGAGUUCUUCGACGCCCAGGAAGUGCUGCUGUCGGCCAGCUCGUCAGAGAACGAGGCCUCAGACGACGAAUCAUACGUCAGCGAUGUGAGUGAUAACAUUUCAGAAGACAAUGCCAGCGUGACUGAUAACGUCUCCAGACAAAUGCCGAACGGAGACCUGGCUGGAAGCGCCUUCCGUAACGGGCGUCGCCCGUGUCUCCCCGCCCCCUCGCCAGACUGCAGCAACAUCAACCUGUGGAACAUCCUGAGGAACAACAUAGGGAAGGACCUGUCCAAGGUGUCCAUGCCCGUGGAGCUCAACGAGCCCCUCAACACCCUGCAGCACAUGUGUGAAGAGCUGGAGUACACUGAGCUACUAGACAGGGCUGCCGAUACGGAGGACCCUUAUGAACGCAUGGCCAUUAUGGCAGCGUUCGUCAUCUCAGGAUACUCCUCCACGUACUACAGAGCGGGAAGCAAGCCAUUCAACCCUUUACUGGGAGAGACGUAUGAAUGUAUCCGUGAGGACAAGGGCAUGUGUUUUAUCGCUGAGCAGGUGAGCCACCAUCCACCCAUAUCAGCUUGUCACGCUGAUUCCAACAAGUUCACCUUCUUGCAAGACGUCAGAUGGAAAAACAAAUUCUGGGGGAAAUCAAUGGAAAUCCUCCCAAUUGGCACCGUUAAUGUUAUCCUUCCAAGCUUUGGGGACCACUAUGAAUGGAACAAGGUCACCACCUGCGUGCACAACAUCCUAAGUGGCAGAAGGUGGAUCGAACACUACGGAGAGAUCACCGUUAGAAACACCAAAAGCAGCGCCUGUAUCUGCAAACUUACCUUCGUCAAGGGAAAUUACUGGAGUUCUAAUGUGAAUGAGGUUCAAGGGUUUGUGAUGGACCAAGAGGGGAAGGUGGUGCGUCGGCUGUUCGGAAAAUGGCACGAGGGCCUUUACUGUGGAGUCCCGCCCUCUGCCAGAUGCAUCUGGAGGCCAGGCUCCAUGCCCACAGACUACGAGCUGUAUUAUGGCUUUACCAGGUUUGCCAUUGAGCUCAAUGAGCUUUGCCCUGAGAUGCAAGACCUGCUACCACCCACAGAUGCCCGCUUCAGACCCGAUCAGAGACACCUGGAGGAGGGGAAUGUGGAAAUGGCAGCCUCAGAAAAGCAGCGCAUUGAGGACAUGCAGCGCACCAGGAGGAAGUGGCAAGACGAGAACGACAUUAAGCAUGAACCACGCUUCUUCAAGAAAGUGGUUGAUGCCAAUCAAAGGGAGCGCUGGGUCACUAACAACACCUACUGGGAGCUUCGCAAAUCCCCCGGCUUCAUCAACAUGGAAAACCCUAAUCUAUGGUAGCAUAUGGAUCGCUAUGCACACCAUAUCAUCAUCGCUGACAAAGGCUUUUAUCUAUGCACAAUGAGGUUUUCAAAUGAAUAUCUCAUUGACAAAAUGACAGUGUGGAAGGAUACAAGAGCUGAGAUGAGUUGAUGACUUACCAUCGCCCUAUUCAGCCGGCCAGUCACCCAUUCAAGCAUCCUCUUGGAUCCCCCUCAUUGAGCUUGGUGCGGAGGCUGGGUUGUCAGGGCAACAAUCUUACCAUGUAGAUCUAUCCUAAGUCGUUUUGUGUUUGUCCUUGCCUUAAUGUCAUCUAUCCACACCAUACAUUUUAAAGCUUUUAGUGAAACCCACUUGAGUUCUGAAAGCGGUUUGAUUUAGACUAGUGUUUGUUCUGAAAGCGGUUUGAUUUAGACUAGUGUUUGUUCUGAAAGCGGUUUGAUUUAGACUAGUGUUCGUUCUGAAAGCGGUUUGAUUUAGACUAGUGUUUGUUCUGAAAGCGGUUUGAUUUAGACUAGUGUUUGUUCUGAAAGCGGUUUGAUUUA